AUGACAAGUCUUCAAAAAUACCUGAUUCAAAAGGACCAAGCUCAAAAAGAGUAUGAAGAGCCCAAGGUUGGAAGAUAUUCAUUACCAGCUAAAUCGCAAGUUGAUCGUUCAUUAGGCCUUGAACAAUUUUUCCCUAACGAAUCUGAUGAAAAUUUAGCGCUAUUUGCUUCAAUGUUCUUCAGCAAGGAAGAAAUGGAUCAAGCAGUUGAAAAUAUUUUGAAAACAGGCUCAUCAAUCCAAAAUUACAUAAAAGACUGAAAUUUAGUGCAAGGACGCAAAAGAAAACCAAAGCAAAACCAAAGCCAGCAGCAAGGCGCACAAGGUAGGCCAUCUCAAGAAAAGAAAAAGUACAAAAAGAAAGAAAUGCAGCCUGAGAGAGCCCAAAGCCAAUCUAAAGUGUCCUCUAAGCCAAGCUCUAAGCCAAGCUCAAAGCCAAUUAGCCAGACAGCAUCCUACGCAUCAUCUCAGGCUUCACACUCAAGAAAUGAAAGUACAACUCAGCAGAGCAUUGAAAUAGAAGCACCUAAAAUCAUCCAGGAGACGGAGAAAGCGCCUGAGCAAAUAGAGAUAAAAGUGGACCUAUUGAAAGAUGAAAAUCCUCAAUUUUCUGUCAUUGAUGAAGAGCAGACUGAAAAGUUCAUUGGCAGACAAUUUUCUCAUAAGUCUGAAGAAAGCGAGGCUUCAAAGAAAAAAGAUACAGCGGAUUUUCAAGGACAAGCAGGGAUUGAGACAAAAGAAGUAGGUGUUCAGGUGAGUCAGGAGUCUGGGAUUCCAGUUAUGAUUGUUCCUUUGCAAGACGAAUAUAAAAAUAGCGGGCGAAAUAACCUGCCAUCUUAUCAUUUUUAGCCAGACAGAGGUUUCGAACCUUAUGAAUGAGAGAAGCGUGCACUAGGUGUUUCUGGCCGGGGAUUUGGCUUGGUCUGAUAGAGCAUAGUGUCGGCUGACCUACUGCAAGCUCACGUUCAGGGCAAGGUUUUUCCUUGAGGGAAGAUGAAUUUAGAAGUUGGAAAAGGAUAGCCCAGUAAAUUAAAGGACGUUGGCAAUCAAGAAGGUGGAGGGAAGCAAGGGAGUGAAAAACCGAUAUGGCUGGCCGAAGUUACUCGAUAAUAUAUUAAGUUAAGUUCCUUUGCAAGACAGAGACUUCUUCAGGAUUGAGAACUUGAUCUAUCCAAAAGGCUACUAA